AUGUUUCGCUCCCUUCGUUUGCUUAGCUCUGCCUUUUCCACCAAGAUCGGGCGACAGCAUUUGUGCAACAGCGACCUGGUCUCUCAAGAUGGCCAAACUGUGGCUGGUGGCAAUGGUGAAGGAUCUGCGCUCAAUCAGUUGAAUUUGCCAGAGGGUCUCUUUGUUGAUAAUAAUCAAACUAUUUAUAUAGCAGUUUAUUAUAAUCAUCGUAUAGUGAAAUGGAAUCGCGGUGCUUCAAGUGGUCAGGUAGUCGCAGGUGGUAAUGGAGAGGGAGAUCGUAGUGAUCCAUUGAAAUAUCCGCUCGAUGUUGCCAUCGAUAAAGAUGGAACAAUGUACAUUAGUGACUAUGGUAAUAAACGUGUUCAACGAUGGUUUCGAGGUGGUCAAAGUGGACAAACAAUUAUUGAAAAUAUUCCUGUUCUUGGUGUAGCAUUGGAUGAUGAAAGAUCACUCUAUGUAUCUGAUUAUGGAAAUCACUCAGUGAGAAAACGGCGUAUUGGUGAGACGAUUGAACAACUGAUCAUUUCAGGACUUGGUUAUUCGUACUAUAUGUUCGUUGAUCGAAAUCGAUCUGUCUACAUAUCUGAAAUGGCCACUGACCGAGUGAUAAAAUUGGACGAUGAAUCUACGAAAAUCUCAAUUGUUGCUGGUGGUACUGAAGGUGAUGAACUAAACCAAUUAUCAGAGCCACUGGGUGUUUUUGUCGAUCGGUUGGAUACUGUCUAUGUGUCGGACAGAGAUAAUGACCGUAUAAUGCGAUGGCUACGUGGUGCGAAAUCCGGCAGUAUCAUCGUCGGUGGUCAUGGUCAAGGUUCUCAAUCAGGUCAGCUUAAUCAUCCCACUGAUAUAUCAUUCGAUCUUGACAGAAAUCUUUAUGUAGUCGAUUAUGGAAAUCAUCGUGUGCAAAAAUUUGUUAUUGAUAAGAGUUCGUGUUGA